AUGCCGCUGUUCGACCUUUCUGAAGCACACUGCCCCGUGGACUCUACAGCUGUGCAGCAGGUCUUGGAGUACUUUGCCUCAGAACCAUGGCCUUCCUCGGAGCCGAGCCUCGGGCAUUCGGGCACCUAUGGCGAAGUACGUCCAUCUGGUGUACGCCGUUUGCUGGACUACAUGGCCUCCUUUGCUCCAGUGACACGGGACGAUGUCUUUGCAGAUCUGGGUUCUGGUCGUGGCGCAGUCGUCGCGCAGGUUGUGUUGGAGACUUCUAUGAAGGCUAUAGGAGUCGAGCUCUCACAGAAGAGGGCGGCCACUGCUUCGCGCGUGGCCCAGCGUUUGGAGAAAGUUGCACGACAGCGGUUGACAUUGCUGCAAGGUGAUUUCUUGGAAAGCCACUCAUGGCACAAUGCAACCCUGGUCUAUGUAAAUUCAGCGGCCUUUCCAGUUCCGUUGCUUUUCAAACUUCGGUCAGCUUUGCAACGCCUUCAGCCUGGAAGCCUGGCACUGUCAGUUCGUCGUCUUCCAGGUUGUACCCGUGGCUUGUGGCCAAUUGGUGCCUUGUCGUUGCCAUUUAACUGGGCACGACAGGUUAAAGUGCACGCCUACAUGGUUGCACCUGGGCUGGACGACCAGAAUCAUACACAACUGGACUGGUUGAGCAACUAUGCUCCACAGCCUCAGGUGGGCCUCGUGUCUUUUGGUUGCAGGCAGUAGACUGCAAGUCUGAUCUUCCAGCGCUUCGACGCCUGUGCACAGCAGUUUGGAGACCCAGGUGAAACCGAACGGCAACUGUCGCAAGGUUGUUUCGGUUUUUGGGAUGGCAAAGGCCCAGCUGCUGCUCCAAAUGGUAUUAUGACAUAGUGCCUUUGUUCGAGAGAUGUGUGAUGUUCAAGCAAGACAGACGUUCGUAGCACAGCAUGUCAUGGAGACACUGCGGUUGCCAG